ACGUCAUCUUAAAAGGUAUAAAAAGGACCAUGUUUGUCGGUGUUGUGCUGUUGUGCAUUUAUAACAAAAUUAAUUUUUGAUUGAAGCGGAACAAUCAAGCAAAACGAUUUAUUGUUUCAGAGUAUACGGAUAAAUGAUAUACUAAUUUGGUCGUAUUGCGUAAGGAGAAAAUUAUGUUGCCAUAAUUUAUGCUAAUCUACCACUACGUUCAUCUGAUCGUCACUAUCAGUAGCUUUUGUUCGUCGUAAGUGAGCUGAUAACAGCGUAUUUUGCGGUAGAGAUUUACAUUAUAACAAAAGCGAGCUAAAGAUUGUACUUUGGCUCUGCCGGCAGCUUAAAAGAUAACUUAUUUUAAUCACCAUACAAGAUUAAUCUCUCUGUAGAAAUCAGUAUGAGUGAAAGCGAAGAAUCUCCACCAGCUGUAAAUAAUGCAGAUCCGGUGCUACCACCUGCACUGCCCUUACGGGAGCAUUUGAUUUCAACCGCCGUAAAGUUCCUCAACAACCCAAAUGUAAUGCGUAGUGCCAUUAAUCAAAAACAAGCAUUUCUACGGUCGAAGGGUUUAAACGAUGAAGAAAUUCAGCUGGCAUGUGAGCGAGCCGGAGUUUUUACAAAAGAUCCAACCGUUACCAAUCACCAGACUGUCAUAAGCAUGGGUGUAGAAUCUGCCUCAGCCUACUCAAAAUCACAGUACGCCGUCCAACCGCAACAAGGUUGGUUCGGUAGAAUGAAGGAAAUGCUCAGCUCCGUCGCACUAAUUAGUGGACUCAUGUACGGGAUGUACAUGUUCUACAAGAAGUAUCUGGAGCCUCUAAUUUUCCGCGACAAAAUAAAGAAACCAGUAGAUGAGCAAAUAGAUGACUUAAGGAAAACUGUAGAAGUUAAAAUUGACAACCUCAAUCUAGAACUGACAAAGAUCAAGGAUGAAUUGAACAGGGUAAAUCAAACCCAAUCUGCUACCAAAGAGCUUGCUAGCUUCAAAACUGAUCUAGACUCAAUCAAGGGUCUGUUGUUGAAUAGAAAACAAUUCGCCUCUCCUACUCUGCCUAUGGUACCACCCUCAAUUCCUGCGUGGCAACUGCAGUCCCAAUCCCAGGAAAGAACUCCUAUUAGUGAAAGUGAACCAGAGAAGAAUGACGACAAUGACACUGGCUCUGGCUCCGGUUCCAGUGAUCACGAUGUGGUGUUAAAGAACAGCGACAGCAGCUUGGAGAUAAUGUAAUUUAGAGCGAAACAACCGCUGCUCCUGGCAGUAUUGCAAUGCUGCUUUAGGAGCCAGUGUACCAAUCAAUGUUUUCCUUUCUUUUUCCACAGAUCGUAAAAAAAUUGGCUGGGGUUUUGACACAGGAUUAUGCAAACGCGGUGAAAGAUGUAAAAUGGUAUUUUGUGAUUUAGUAUCCGGUUAGUGUACGAAUAUGAGUUCUCUAAUAAAGGAGCGGUAUAAAAAAGCAUAUUGCUUUAGGUGUAAAGUACAGUUCAAAAGUUACGAAUGCUUCCUUGUCAUUUUUUAAUUAGUUGAAACCAAUGUUAGGGCAUAAUGGCAGCAAAUUUGCGUGUUGUAGAUAAGUUUUGAGGAGACUAAAUAAAAGUCCCAGCAGAUAAA